AUGGCGGGUCGAAAAGGUCAGCCUCACGAUCGCGGCUUCCGCGAGGUUGUGCUAGGCGGGUGUCAGCCUCAGAGCUGCGUGGACCGGUUCGGCGAUGGAGCCACCGAGGUGAUCCGACAACGCGAACGCGACCACAUCAACAUGACCGAGACCGAUACGCUUGUGCAAGGAGUUCCGACCGGUCAGAUCGUCACUGGUGUUGAGGAAGAGGUCGGCGACGGCUCGCAGGUGCCGGGUUUGGAGAGGAAGAUCCCGAAGAUGCCGUACUUCAGGAACAACCUGACGGCCUUGUCGCAAAGAUACAACCUCUACUUCGCCGCCUACGAAAACCGAAUCUUUGUCUACCGUCCCAAGGGAAUCCUGAAGCAGGCGCUACCCCGCGAGCCGGAUCUCAUACUGGCUACGAAGCCCGACAAGGUUGCGCGACACAUUGGCGGAACGCUUGACGGACGUUUUCACCAUCAGAUGAACCACAUCGCGACUGGGUUUCUGGGCAGGGAGGAGGUCCUCGUUUCGGUCUACGACGACGGGUCGGUCUUUGCAUACUACACCAAACACAUCGCCGAGUACACGGAGCGUGCAUCGUCCGGCUGCAGAAUCCCGAACCCUAUACCGGCGCCCUUUUUCCGUGAGAAUGUGGGGUCAUCGGCAUGGGGCAUCGCGAUCCACCAGAAGUCGCGGCUCAUCGCCGUCAGCUCCAACAAGAGGGAGGUGACGGUCUUCGCCUUUGGACUCUCUCACCUGCCCGAGGCUAUGGACUGCCGGGAGAGGCCGAGGGAAUUUUGCGAGAGGUCGGUUCUUAAGAGGAAGCGGAAUUGGAGGAUCUGCAUACCCUUAGGCGAUGGGGGUCACAACAUCCCCAACAUCUCCCUGUGGGACGACCAUGAGGGUUUCGCGGAAAAGGUCGUUGCGAACGAUAUCUACGGCACGACCUGGAUCCUCGACAUCUGGAAAGUCGGAACGGCGCCGUUCAGGAUCUCCCACAGGGCCAACGUCCAGGGUCAAUGGGCCUUCCGCAACCCAAUGGGCUGGGGCAUCGUCGUUCUUCCCUAUGAGAGUUUUCUGCCUGCAAAGUCGGUGACGGAUCUUCUGGGCAUGAAGGAGUCGGACAUCAUGAACGCGAAGAACCCCCACGCGGGACGGUGGAUCGAGACUCAACGGGGCCUCGCGUGCGUUCGCGACCACCCUGGUGAGCCCGUGGCUCAGAGCUUGCCAGAACCCGAAACUUUUGGGAACCAACACCCUCCAGCGACAUGGUUGCAACCUCAGCAGCCUGCCUUCCUAGCAGCCAUCCUAACGGGCCAGCCGUUGCUUGCUCUACCUGCGCCCCCUCCGCCGCCAAACGAAGGAGGCGGGGAUGAUUCUGAUGACGACGAGGGGGCACCUCUUGACGCUAUUCCUGACCCUCCUCCCGCCGCUGCGGCACAGGACGCUUUAUUCUUCAUCCCCGACCAUGAAGAGGAUGGGUGGAGCGAGGAGGACGAGGAAAUUCCGAAUCCAGCAUGGGAGGACCUGUCAUCUGCUUUCGAUAGUGAAGACGACGACUUAUCAAGUUUUGCCGGUGUGUUGGGAAACAAUAACGAUGCGAAUGAAAUCACCUUUAUCGAAGAAGCGAUGUCCGCUACAGAAGACGACGUUGAAGCCGAUGAGGCCCUGACACAGAGUUUGCGUCCCGACGGGAUUCUCGGCUUCUUCAGACGCAUGGCAGACUGCGACCUCAGCGGCUAUAAAACACAAUGGUUAGACAUGAUUUUCACACCCCACGACGGUAAGACAUACGUCUCGCCGACCUCGGCCGUCGACCGCAUCCAGUACCUACGCCGGCCCAUGUUUAAGAACCGAAACACCAAGCAGCAGGACCGGAAAGCCCUAGAGGAGCUCGGCAGACGGUGUUGCAUCCUGCGGACGUACGAGGAGGACAUUGAGAUGCGCAGCAUCAACCCGGAUGACGGCGCCGCCGUCUUCUGCAAGGACCCCAUCAGCUGGAACUACCCGCCGCACCCGCUGCUGCGGCACGCCGAGCGUCUCAACAUGAUCGUACACGUGCCCGAGCUCUCGCUCGUGGUCAUCGGGUCCGCCAUCGGCCGCGUGAUCCUUCUGACCCCGACGCGGUCGCGGUACUCUAUUCCAGGAGACGGGUUCAGGCUGAAACAGGGGUUCCGGAUCGACUGGGUUUUGCCAAGGCGGUCAGAAGAGAGGUCCGUGUGGCGGCCGCCUCGUGGGCUUUAUGGCAUUGCCGUUGGACCGGUACAGGAGGGCGGCGCGACGGGGUGUUUGCUGAGGCCUGAUAACGCGCCCGCGCCGUCGCCAGCGUCGAGACGGUAUAGGCUCAUGCUACACUACCGUGACCACACCAUUUUAAGCUACGAGAUCAGCCGGGACGAGGGGAAUGAAGAUGUUCUAAUCUUUUGA